AUGGGAAUCUGGGGGAUCGGCGAUGACGACAGCUGGGCACACCGCGAUCGGCGCCAAACCACCGUCGCAUUAAUCCAUGACGCCUUGGUGUCUGGUCUCUACUGGAAUCUGAUGAUCCCUCACCUCCCCUCUUACCAUUUCCUGGUUCCAGACCGUCCAGGCCAUGGCAAGUCCCAAGCGAUUGCACCGCUUUCAGUGGAUCUCGCAGCCCGCCUAAUUGCCCAGCUGAUUCGUACACACGCCAUCAAUGGCUUGGCGCAUAUUGUCGGCCAUAGUUUAGGCGCUCAGGUGGCUAUCCGUCUCGCCUGUACUCCACACUCCGUACCGACUGGUCAACUCCGUUUUUGUCUCGGGUUUUGGAAUGUUCCCUCGAAACUCAACCACACCGUACAUUCCCUACGCGGCAUGGGCGAUGCCACGCGCGAAGAACCGCCUUGCCUACCCCCUGAUCUGCUGGGCAAUGGAUGGUGCCGAUAUUCCGCGCAUCGAUAUCGAUGUCUGCACACCGGACCUGUGUCGCCAGGUUCCGCAACUGUUUGCAGAGACUGCUGA